CCAAAUACGAACAUGUUAACAGCGGAGGAAACCGUGACAGCAAACAGCACAGUACUGCGGAGACACGUGCAAUCGAUUGAACUCUUCCGUCGCGUCCUAUGACCAAACAAUGUCUGCACUUCAAUGCGUCGAUGAUGACAACGUCAGCUAAUCUCUAUAUCAUCCUCUGCUUUCUAACCGGCCACGUAACAGCUCGAAUUCUCAGUAAGAUCCAAUGGGGCAGGCUCCAUCUAUGCUAACGCAAUAUGAUAUCGAGGAAGUGCAGGAACACUGCAAUAAUCUAUUUUCUCAGCAAGAAAUAGUCUCUUUAUAUCAAAGAUUUUGCCAACUUGAUCGGAAUGCAAAGGGUUUUAUCUCGGCUGAUGAAUUCUUAUCGGUUCCUGAGUUUGCCAUGAAUCCGCUUUCUCAGAGGCUGCUUAAGAUGGUGGAUGGCUUGAAUUUCAAGGACUUCGUGGCUUUCUUGUCGGCCUUCAGUGCUAAAGCUACUAUACAACAUAAAAUUGAGUUUAUUUUCAGAGUAUAUGAUUCAGACAGUAAUGGAAAGGUGUCUUUCAAUGACAUAUUAGAAGUGCUUCGGGAUUUGUCAGGUUCAUUCCUGUCUGAUAAGCAUAGAGAGCAAGUAUUGAACCAAGUCUUGGCAGAAACGGGUUUCACAGAGGAAUCUUAUUUAAUGUUGGAUGACUUCAUUAAGGUUCUUGGCAGUUCUGGCUUAAAAAUAGAGGUUGAAGUACCAGUUGACUAAUACAGCCAGCCCCGCUAUCUUUUGCCAUGUAGUUCAAGACGAAAUGUAAACUCAACUCUAUCCUUGUAGAAAAUUCAUGUCAAUAACACCUGUAUUAAUACAUCCUUUUGCUCACUACAAAUGUUUGAUCGAUGAGAAAUAUAAAAUAAACAACCUGUGUAAUUAUUACUAUAAAAAACAAAAUGGUCGAUCAUUAUUAUUGCUUCA